AUGCUCUUGGCACAGCUGAAGGCUCCAACUGAGACAGCAGCACCCACAGCAGCAAUGAUGUUGAUCCCACUCUUCUUCAGCAGUCUCCUCUUCCUCAUUCAAGAUUCCAAGGGACAGGUGACCAUUAGUCAAACUCCUGUAAUGUCCACCAGUCCAGGUGGCACAGUCAUUAUCACCUGCAGACGCAGUGGAAGCAUCUCCAGUGACUGUGGUGGUAGUCCAUGUAUCUCCUGGUACCAUCAGAAGCCUGGGGAGAAACCCAAACUCCUCAUCUACAAAGUGAACAGCCUCCAGUCUGGUAUUCCUGCUAGAUUCAGUGGCAGUGGAUCUGGGAAUGACUUCAGUUUGACCAUCAGUGGAGUCCUGAGUGAAGAUGCUGGAGAUUAUUACUGCAUGAGUUAUCAUAUACAUGAUGGCAGCUGGGUGUUCACGUUUGGUAGCGGCACCAGACUGAAUGUUGGCAUCACCAGGCAGCCCAGUGUGACGGUGCUGCCUCCCUCCAGAGAGGAGCUGUCCAGUGGGGGCUCUGCCACACUGCUGUGCCUGGCUGACAAGGGCUUCCCCUCAGACUGGAGCCUGAGCUGGAAGGUGGAUGGCAGCAGUAGGAGUGGAGUGGCCAGUGCUGGGCUCAUGAAGGACGGUGUGUACAGCUGGAGCAGCAGCCUGACCCUCACUGAUGCUGAGUGGAGAGGAGCCACCUCAGUGGUGUGUGAGGCCGCCCAGGGAUCCCAGAGAGCCGCCAGCAAAGCCCUGAGCAGAGCUGACUGCUCCCAGUAGCCUUCAGCCUCUGCUCUGAUAUGCUCUGCUCUGCUCUGUUGUCCAGCUUACAGCUUCACUUCCAGCUCCAUUCAUACACCAACAACACGCCGCACCACACUUAGUCUCACAUAUCCAAUGAUACAACUGCUUCUGAUGCAUAUUUCAAAAGGUAAUUCCAAUACAAAUGUUGUUGUUAGAUCGGAAGCAUUUAUUGGAUUCUCCACAAUAAAUACCACUGUGAAAUA